AUGACCCAAAGAAGUAAAAGGGAAGAUGAUGGGAGUGUUAGAUAUGUAACACUUGGGUGUGCUCGUGGCGGUAAGGCAAGGAAACGUAUUACCAACAUUUCUAAACCACGCCCGACAACGAAGACUGAUUGUAAGGCGAGAAUUAAUGCAGUUUUGGCUGAUGAUGUCUUACAUAUAACUACUGUCUGCAAUGCACAUAACCAUGGGUUAAGUCCACAAAAGGCAAGAUUUUUUAGAUGUAAUCGAGCAAUUGAUGAUUCAGUGAAGAGGCAGUUAGAUAUUAACGACAAGGCAGUCAUAGGUAUGGCCAAAAGUUUUAACGCAUUGGUUGUUGAGGCUGGUGGUUUUGAGAAACUUCCAUUUAUUGAAAAAGAUGCAAUGAAUUAUAUAGACAAGGCUCGACACCUUAGACUUGGCAAAGGAGGUGCUGAUGCACUUCGUGGUUAUUUUGAGAGGAUGCAGUAUAAGAAUAAUGGGUUUUACUCAUCAAUGGAUUUGGAUGAUGAGAGUCGAUUAAAAAAUGUAUUUCGGGCCGAUGCACGCAGCAGAGCAGCAUGUUUGAUAUCAAGUGAAAAUACUGAAACAUUUGUUUGGUUAUUUGACACUUGGUUGAAAUGUAUGGAUGAGAGGGCGCCAAAAGCUAUUAUCACUGAUCAAGACAGGGCCAUGAAAAAUGCUAUUGCAAUAAGAUGUGUUUAUGAUUCUCAAACUUCUGACGAGUUCGAGAAGUCUUGGGAGGUGUUUAUUGACACUUACAAUUUGAAGGAAAAUGCAUGGCUUCAAAGUCUCUACAGUGAGCAAAUGUAUUGGGUUCCCGUAUACCUGAAAAAUACAUUUUGGGCUGGGAUGAGCACAACUCAGAGGAUUGAGAGCAUGCAUGCCUUUUUUGAUGGAUAUGCACAUUCUGAGACUACGUUGAAAGAAUUCGUUGAUCAAUUCGACAAUGCACUGAGGAAGAAAGUAGAGAAUGAGAUGGCAGCGGAUUUCCACUCAUUCAAUUGCACAGUCCCUUGUAUAUCUCAUUUACCCGUGGAGAAAAAAUUCCAAGUUGUGUACACGAAUUCUAAAUUUAAAGAAGUGCAGUCAGAAGUAAUGGAGAUUAUCUACUCUCAUUGUGUUGUCAUAAAAACAGAAGGGGCAAUUACCACGUAUCAAGUUAAUGACCAAAGGGUAGUUGAAGACGGUAUCAAGAAGUCAACUUUGCAGGCGUACUUCAAUGAAGAUGAGUGUGAGGCCAAGUGCAUGUGUGGACUAUUUGAGAUGAUAGGGAUUAUAUGUAGGCACAUUCUUUCAAUUUUUGCCACAAGAGAUGUCCAAGUAUUGCCGAAAAAGUACAUUAUGGAGAAGUGGAGGAAGGACAUUAAACAUAGAUAUGGUCUCAUUCGAAGCAGUUACGAUGACUUGAGUGGUAAACCAGCUGCUAGUCGAUACUCUGGUUUGAUAAAAUUACAUUACCAAGUAGCUACAAAUGCAUGUGAAAACGAAGAUAAUUCUCUGGACAUGACACAGAAGUUGAAGGCAGUGAAUGACAUUUACACUAAAUCGAAGCCACAGGCCACAGUUGCAAGCACUCAUGCUUCCAUUGAUGCCGAAACUGGAAGUUCGAAAAAAGUGUUGAGCCCUCGUGUUGUCAGAGGCAAGGGCAGGCUCCCAUCAAAGAGGAGACAAACUACAAUAGAGAAAUUACAAACCAAAAAUAAAAAAGCUGGUGGCAAGCGACAAAUAAAGAAUCCUCAAUCACGGAUGGAAGACGAAUUAAACUCCACAGAAUCGGUAAUACUGCACGACACACCAGAAGCUGUUGUUUCGCAGUUGCCUGGUACACAACAAAGCGUUAUUUCUCAGGUGAACUUCGCAUGCCCUGGCCCUCUCGAUGAUUGA